ACGAUACACAGAAAUGACAAGGCCUGCUCAAGAGCAAGGAAAGUUCCCAUUGAUGAAUCAAGUCUUUAAUUUUGAUUGCUUCCUCUAAAAUAUAUAAAUACAUAUAGUGUAUAAUGGAAUAAGCUAAGCAUGCUUGAUCAUCAUCAUCAGCAGCAGCAUUUUAGACUUGGCCUCCGAUCUCUGAUAGUUUCCCCCUCAGACGUUGCCAUUCAAUUUGUCUGGCUACUCACAGCAGGCUUAGAGCUCACUCCGUGUGUAUUGCUAUCGCAAAUCCUUCAAAGCGCAUAUGUUAUCGACCGUUUAAUGAUCAGUAGAAUGCAAUUUUGUUGGAUGGUUAAGCCUCAACUUUUAGCAGUCAUCUUCAUCUGUAUUCUCGGCCAUACCAGGGUUGACUGCUUUUCUUUCAAUUUCCCCACCUUUGACGAACAAGAAGAUCAAAAUCGAUUAAUACUGAGUAAAUUUUCCCGUAUAUUCCGUGAGGCCAUCCAAGUGACGCCUGAUGCUUAUGGUGAAGACUUGAGGAACAGGUCCGGAAGGGCCUUCUACAACAAGGCAUAUAGAUUAUGGAGCAAGAAGAACGAAAAAACUGCAUCAUUUAAUACCACCUUCGUCCUCAAUAUCAGCCCCGACACUCCUUCAAACCCAGGUGCAGGCGAAGGUUUGGCCUUCGUGCUAGCCGCUGACAACAGUCUCCCGCCCAACAGCCAUGGAAGAUGGCUUGGCAUCGUGAAUUCUUCCACAAACGGCACUUCUGCUGCUGCCAUAUUGGCCGUGGAGUUUGAUACCAGACAAAACUCACCCGAAGAUGGCCCAACCGGACAUGUUGGCGUGAACGUGAACAGUGUUUACUCCAUCAAGCAGUCUCCGUUACUUCCCUUGGGGAUCAAUAUUUCAUCCGGCAUCAAUGUGACGGUGAGAGUUCAGUACGCUAACGAUGUGAUUUCUGUUUUUGGUUACAUGAUGAAUGGAACCAAAGCACAAGACAUGAACCUCUUGCUUCAAUCUCCACCUCUCAAUCUCACCUCAUAUCUCCCACAGAAGGUAUUUCUGGGGUUCUCUGCAUCCACCAGUAAUUUCAAUGAGUUGAACUGCAUCAGAGCCUGGGAGUUCAACGGUGAAGAUAUCGGGGACCGAAAUCAAAAGCUACUGUGGGUUUGGAUCACAGUUCCAACGGUGGUGGCUAUCGCAGGUGUGGUGGGAUUUUUCUUGAUUUGGAGGUGGAAACGAAGCAGGGAGAUAGCAGAGGAUGCAUACCCGGGGAUAGAAGACCAGAUUCAGUGUUCCUCAAUGGCUCCAAAGAAGUUCCGGCUGAGGGAGAUCAAGAAGGCAACGAGCAAUUUCAAUUACCAGAACAAGCUCGGGGAAGGUGGUUUCGGAAAAGUGUACAAGGGAAUCCUGGGAAGUAAGGAGAUAGCUGUGAAGAGAGUGUCCAAGGAUUCACGUCAAGGGAAGCAAGAAUUCGUAGCAGAAGUCACGACAAUAGGUAGCCUCCACCAUAAGAAUCUGGUUAAGCUGAUAGGGUGGUGCUACGAGAGAAAAGAACUCCUCCUCGUCUACGAGUUCAUGCCCAACGGAAGCCUAGACAAGUACCUAUUUGGGAGUUCCGAGGGAUCAUCAGGUCAAAACCUUCGCUGGGAAACCAGAUACAGUGUGAUAUACGGGGUGGCUGAAGCGCUUGACUAUCUUCACAACGGAUGCGAGAAGAAGGUGAUUCACAGGGACAUCAAGGCAAGCAACAUUAUGCUGGACUCAGAGUUCAACGCGAGGCUAGGAGACUUUGGACUGGCCCGAACCAUCCAGGAAAGGAACGAGACUCACCACUCCACGAAAGAGAUAGCUGGAACACCAGGUUACAUGGCCCCAGAGACAUUUCUGACAGGGAGGGCAACAGUGGAAACAGACGUGUACGCUUUUGGGGUUCUGAUAAUGGAAGUGGUGUGUGGGAUGAGGCCAGGGAACGCGUGUGCCCAGAACGACUACAAGAAUAGCAUAGUGUACUGGGUGUGGGAGAUGUACGGAAAGGGAAGAACAUUGGAUGGAAUGGAUAAGAGAAUGAAGAAGGAGACAGAGGAGGACGAAGAACAACCGGAGAGAGUGAUAGUGCUGGGGCUGGCUUGUUGCCAUCCGAAUCCGCACGAAAGGCCAUCCAUGAAGACGGUACUGCAGGUUCUCACAGGCGAGGUGGCUCCACCGGCGGUCCCUAGAGAACGGCCGGCUUUUGUGUGGCCGGCCGCUCCCCCUUCCUUCAAUGUCAAUGACAACUCCAUUAAUUCUGCAGCCCAGCUCACUCCUCCCUUCACUCAGCUCACCGGCAGAUGAUCGUCAUCGUAAUCACUUCAGUUGGCUACUGUUUUCCGUCAACCCUACGCCAUCGUGUAUAUAGCCUGAUAUCCUAUCACUGUAGAUAUACGGUGCUUAACGAACUUUCUUCUUAAUUAGUUCUGUGUAAAUUGAUUUUCUCCGGGGUCGAUGGUUAAGUCAGCGUACCUGCUUCAAGUUGUAGUCAACUUUUGGACACCAAAUUGUACUAUAAUAUUUAUAAUUACCCUGUCAGAUGCAAUUUCAUUUAGCUGUUUUAUCA